CCGUACAUGACGCCGGUGCAGGAAAGAUGAGGAGGAAGCUGGAGAUGAAAGUUGGGAGUGCCGGGAACCCUGCCUUGGGACUGUAGUGCGGGGAGACCCAGUCCCUGCCAUCAGUGUUGGUAAUCAGGGGCUGUGCCAUCCACUGUGGGAGUCAGUAGACACAUGAGGCUCUUGAACACUUGAAAUAUGUCUGCAACCAUCCCUCUGUUCAUGAGAAACAAAGAUGUCGCUGCAGAGGCGGUCACAGGUAGUGGCAAAACACUCGCUUUUGUCAUCCCCAUCCUGGAAAUUCUUCUGAGAAGGGAAGAGAAGUUGAAAAAGAAUCAGGUUGGGGCGAUCAUCAUCACACCCACUCGGGAGCUGGCUAUUCAAAUAGAUGAAGUCCUGGCGCAUUUCACGAAGCCCUUCCCACAGUUCAGCCAGAUUCUCUGGAUUGGGGGCAGGAAUCCUGAAGAAGAUGUUGCAAGGUUUAAGGAACAAGGUGGGAACAUCGUUGUGGCCACUCCAGGCCGCCUGGAGGACAUGUUUCGGAGGAAGGCGGAGGGCUUGGAUCUGGCCAACUGUGUGAGGUCCCUUGACGUCCUGGUGUUAGACGAAGCAGACAGACUUCUGGACAUGGGGUUUGAGGCAAGCAUAAACACCAUCCUGGAGUUUUUGCCAAAGCAGAGGAGAACAGGCCUUUUCUCUGCCACUCAGACGCAGGAAGUGGAGAGCCUGGUGCGAGCAGGCCUCCGGAACCCUGUCCGGAUUUCGGUGAAGGAGAAAGGUGUAGCGGCCAGCAGCACUCAGAAAACUCCUUCCCGCCUGGAGAACUACUACAUGGUAUGUAAGGCAGAUGAGAAAUUUAACCAGCUGGUACAUUUUCUUCGAAAUCGUAAGCAGGAAAAACACCUGAUCUUCUUCAGCACCUGCGCCUGUGUGGAAUACUAUGGAAAGGCUCUGGAGGCCCUGGUGAAGCGUGUGAAGAUCAUGUGCAUUCAUGGGAAGAUGAAACACAAGCGCAAUAAGAUCUUCAUGGAGUUCCGCAAACUGCAAAGUGGAAUUUUAGUGUGCACGGACGUCAUGGCCCGAGGAAUAGACAUUCCUGAAGUAAACUGGGUUUUGCAGUACGACCCUCCCAGCAGCGCAAGUGCCUUUGUGCAUCGCUGUGGCCGUACAGCCCGCAUUGGCCGUGGUGGCAGCGCGCUCGUGUUCCUCCUUCCCAUGGAAGAGUCCUAUAUCAAUUUCCUUGAAAUUAACCAAAAAUGCCCCCUGCAGGAGAUGAAACUCCAGAAAAACACAGGAGACCUCCUUCCAAAGCUCAAGUCCAUGGCCCUGGCCGACAGAGCUGUGUUUGAAAAGGGCAUGAAAGCCUUUGUGUCCUACGUCCAGGCUUAUGCGAAGCACGAAUGCAACCUCAUAUUCAGAUUAAAGGAUCUUGAUUUUGCUCGUCUCGCUCGAGGGUUUGCCCUGCUAAGGAUGCCGAAGAUGCCAGAGCUGAGGGGAAGGCAUUUUCCAGAUUUCACGCCUGCGGAUGUUAACACAGACACCAUCCCAUUUAAAGAUAAAGUUAGAGAGAAGCAGAGGCAGAAACUCCUGGAGCAACAAAGAAAAGAGAAGAGAGAAAAUGAAGGCAGAAAAAAAUUCAUAAAAAAUAAAGCUUGGUCAAAGCAGAAGGCCAAAAAGGAGAAGAAGAAAAAAAUGAAUGAAAAAAGGAAGAGAGAAGAGGGUUGUGAUAUUGAAGACGAGGACAUGGAGGAACUUCUCAACGACACGAGGCUCUUGAAAAAGUUUAAGAAAGGCAAAAUUACUGAAGAAGAAUUUGAGAAGGGGUUGUUUUCAAGUGGCAAGAGAACAGUCCCGACAGCAGAUCUGGGGAUCCCUGAUUCGGAAGAGGACUGCUGACCUUGGCCCCAGGGCACACACAAGUGCAGGGAUCAUGGCGAGCGGCCCCGCACAGCGCCACGUGCUUUCAUUGUGCGCCAUACUGCAGCCGGCACCCAAGCGAGCCAUGUUCACACUGGGGACGGGGUCGGGAGGGGGCCUACACUUCACACUCAUGACUGUUUUAUGAAAACCACACCAGCCUUUAAGGCCAACGGAAGAGUGUAAGACUGAGUGUAAAUAACAGAGGUCAGUAUUUAUUUUGAUGGGUCACAUCUUAAUUAAAGCUCAUUUUUCUGUGGCUAUUUUAUACUUAUUUUCUAACAUAAAGAUACUGAGGUAUACUUGAUUUUUGGCUUUUUAAGUUUCCUUAGUGUUUUCAGGCACCUGACCUUCGUUGGUGUCCCUACCCCUGGACUUGAGUUCUCUCUCCGAGGAACUGCACAGAACACCUGCGUGGGGCAGCUGCUAUUGCUGGGGUUUUCUUCUCUUCGAAGAAUCGUCCCCACCACAGUUUUGGCGGGGGAAGGAAGCAAGUCAUAUUCUAGGGGAAAAAAUUAUGCUUUGUGUCGAAUAAACUAUUUCCUUCCAA